GUCAAUUCUGACAAUUUUUACUUUUCAAAAACACGGCCAAGGGGGCUGUUUCCGCACAAGUCACGGCCGGCAGUGCCUCGGUUCCAGGUAUAUUCAAGCAUUGCCCGUAUCCACUCACCUCGCCCACCUCACCCAACCCGUCACCCAUGCUGUCUCACGCCAGGAUCAUGUUCCGCAAGCUCCGUGGUAGUGGCAGUCGUAGCAGCCGUGGCAGCAAGCCCACGCCAUCAGCGCCGGCCACGACAGCAGAGAGUGAACAGUUGAUCCAUCCCCUCGCGCCAUCCAUAUCAGCGACGCGAGGCGGUCGCCCACCAUUACCAAGCUACCCUCCGAUUCACAGUACAUGUCCAUUAUCGUCGUGAACGCCAAAGGCGCCGCCGACUCGUUGCAGUUUUACAGGCUACUCCAGAGAGAGAAGGGUGACUGCGAGUUCGACCCUAUGGAUGACUUCAGAGCAGAUUACUUUUGCGGCGGUUACGGCUACAAUCCACUUUAUGGCGCCCAGCAGCCCGUGGUGCAUUUCUGCCUCGUAUUCACGUACGACGCUUCAUCGAGGGAAUCGUGGGACGAAAUGGUCGCCGCCUGCGAGAGGUUGCGCAGCCGCUGCGAAGAAGACGGGGUCCUCCCCUUCCUUGCAACAAUGAUCGUCGCCAUGGGUGAAGGUGAAGGUGAAGCCGCCGUGUCGCACGCGGAAGCCGAGGCGUUUGCAACCCAGCAGGACUGUCUCUUUAUCAAGAUCUCGCCCGUAACUGGGCGCGGCAUUGGCGAUGCGGUCGGCUCGCUAGUUGAGCUGGCACACGGCGCUCGUGAUCAAUAUCCUAUGGAUCAGGAGGGGGGAGGCAUUGCUGGCAUUAUUUCCCAUCAAGGGAUUCCCGGCUCACGACUGGCAUCGCCGUGGAUAGAUGUGAUACCGUCGCCAAGACGGUCAGCAAAAUGCAGCAAAUAUAUUCAGUGGGACGCUGCUUCACCUGCGCUUGGUUUGCCGCCGUAG